AUGAACAAUCAAGGAGACGAUAAUCAAUAUAACAAUGAAGAAAGAUACGAUGAUCUAUAUGAAGAAAUAUAUGCAAAUGGCAACUGUAAAAAUGGAGAAAGUAACUCUGUUUGUUAUGGGAAUUCUCCAGACAAAAAAUCAGGUGAACUUGUUAAGUGUGACAUAACUAAUGAAGAAAAAUCGAAAGCAGCAAAUUAUUUGAUACAUUCAUUUGAUAAUUUUGAACAAAUGUUAAUUCAAGAAGGAUAUGAUAUUGAAAUUCAACGACCUUAUUCUUAA